UGUAAUUGGAAAGACCCAAUUUGUUCCUAAGGAAUUCCUUUUGAAUAAAACCAGGAGGAAUGGUAUUCCACCAAAAAAAAUAUUGCAAAGUUUUCUUCUCUCUCAACCCUUCAACUCUUUUGAUAUCCACCGAGUUGCCUUAGAUCCCCAAGAUUGCAGGAUAGGGAAUCCUCAACAAAAGUAACACUAAAUGGAGAAUAAAAAGAGACAGAAAGGAAUCUCCCUGAAUCUUGUUUAAUAGUUGUAAGGAAGGAAUAACCAAACCAUUACAAUCAUACAAACAGUUUUCAUGGGGAAGCCGACAGGGAAAAAGAAAGAUCCUUCGACUCCUCCGAAGGCGAACGGCCACCACCACAACCCGUCGAAAUCCUUGGAUGACAGCAACAACAACAAACGCGCGGCGGCGCUGGACGACGACACGGCGAUGUUCAUAAACAUGUCGCAGGAGCUUCGCGAGGAAGGGAAUAGGCUCUUCCAGAAGAAAGACCACGAGGGGGCCAUGUUAAAGUACGAAAAAGCCCUCAAGCUAUUACCGAAGAGCCACAUUGACGUGGCGCAUCUCCACACCAGCAUGGCCAUGUGCUACAUGCAGCUGGGCCUCGGCGAGUACCCGCGUGCCAUCAACGAGUGCAACAUGGCGCUGCAGGUCUCGCCGAGGUACACCAAAGCGCUUCUAAAGCGCGCAAAGUGCUACGAGGCGCUGAACCGCGUCGAUUUGGCGAUGCGGGACGUGCGCGUGGUUUUAAACUUGGAGCCUAACAAUUCGACGGCGCUGGAGGUUUUGGAUAGUUUGAGGAUGACGAUGGAGGAGAAGGGGAUUGUCGUCGAUGAGACGGAGAUCGCCCUUGCCGCACUGCAGCACCAGCCGGAGCCGGCCUCCGCGCGGCUGAGGAAGAUUGUGAGGGAGAAGAUUAAGAAGAAGAAGGAACACAAGGGUGGAGAGGAUGGAGGGAAAGCGAAAAAGAUUAUAAUUGAGGAGAAGGUUAAGGUUGAGAAUGUUAAAAAGAAGGAUAAUAAGGACAAGGAUCACAAGGUUCAUAAGGAUAAGGAGAAGAGGGUGGUGAAGGAAGAGAAAGAGAAAUUGGGGAAGGAGGAGAAAGAGAAAGAUAAAGGGGUUGUUACUAGGACUGUGAAGUUGAUAUAUGGAGAGGAUAUUAGAUGGGCACAAUUGCCUGUGAAUUGUGGGAUGAGGUUGGUGAGGGAUGUGAUAAGAGAUAGGUUUCCUGGGUUGAAGGGUGUUCUUGUGAAGUAUAGGGAUAGGGAGGGUGAUUUGGUUACUAUCACUAGUACUGCUGAAUUGAGGUUGGCCGAGACUUGUCAUGUGCUUGGAUCUAUUCGGCUUUAUGUUACGGAGAUUGAGCCGGAUCAGGAGCUAUGUUAUGAUGAUGGUGUGGCGGGGGUGGAGGAUGGUGGGAGGAUGAGGAUGAAGGUGGUUGAGAAUGGGGGUGGGGAUGGAGGGAAGGGUGUGGGGAAAGGGGUGAGUACUGUGGAGGAUUGGCUUGUGCAGUUUGCGAGGCUGUUUAAGAAUCAUGUUGGGUUUGAUUCGGAUGCGUAUUUGGAUAUUCAUGGGAUUGGGAUGAAGCUGUAUUCGGAGGCGAUGGAGGAUGCGGUGACGAGUGAGGGUGCUCAGGAGCUGUUUGACAUUGCGGCGGAUAGGUUUCAGGAGAUGGCGGCUUUGGCAUUGUUUAAUUGGGGGAGUGUGCACAUGUCAAGGGCGAGGAAGCGGGUGAGUAUUCCAGAGGAUGGGUCGAGGGAGUCUGAGUUUGAAUUUGUUAAGGCAGGGUAUGAGUGGGCUCGGAAGGAGUACAUGAAUGCAGAGAAGAGGUUUGAAGAGGCUGUGAAGAUUAAAUCGGAUUUUUAUGAAGGGCUGCUUGCUCUUGGGCAUCAGCAGUUUGAGCAAGCAAGACUCUGCUGGUCUUAUUUGAUUGCGAACAAUAAGGAUUUGGAAGCCGGCCCUUCCGAUGAGGUUCUGCAGUUCUAUAACAAGGCGGAGGAUAGCAUGGAGAAAGGCAUGUUGAUGUGGGAGGAGAUUGAGGAGCAGCGUUUGAAUGGACUGUCCAAAUCGGAUAAGUAUAAAGAGCAGUUAGAGAAAAUGGGGUUGCAUGGUCUUUUCAGGGAUGUUUCUUCUGAUGAAGCUGAUGACCAGGCUGCAAGGAUGAGGUUGCAAGUAUAUCUUUUAUGGGGAACCUUGUUGUAUGAGCGUUCUGUUGUGGAGUAUAAGCUAGGCCUGCCAACAUGGGAGGAAUGUUUAGAGGUUGCAGUUGAAAAAUUUGAACUGGCUGGAGCUUCUACAACUGACAUUGGGGUCAUGAUAAAGAAUCAUUGUUCUAAUGAAACAGCAAUGGAAGGGUUCAAAAUUGAUGAGAUAGUACAAGCAUGGAAUGAGAUGUAUGAUGGGUGGCAGUUUGAUGUUCCAUCAUUUCGACUUGAACCAUUGUUUCGUCGGCGUGUUCCAAAACUCCAUUACAUCCUGGAGCAAUUUUGAGUUUUCUUCUUGUGUUUGUUAUUCUUUAUAGAAGUGAUAUUAGUGCUUCUAUUUUCUUUAUAAGUUUUUGAAGGCUUCUUCAUUCGAUUCCAAGACAGGUAUUUUUUCUUCAUACUGUUAACUUAUUGAUUGGUGCUACUACGAUUGGAUUAUUCUUUUCCGUUGCAGUUUUGUAUGAGGUUGAUAUCUUAGGCUAGAAAGCCUAGUUAUAUUAGAGGGGAUGUGUCGUUAGUGUGCCAUUCUUUCCAGUUGUGAUAUAUGAUCAUUUUUGUUAGUGGUUUGAGGUAGUGAGUAUUUGAUUUGUUGGCCCUGCAAAAGCAAUAAAGAAACAAAAAAAAUCAGCGUGAAGGUUGUUAGCUGGGGUUUGAUGAUUAUUUCUAGUUGUGUAACAUUAUACGAGUGUUGUAUAGUACAUUAUGCAUUUUUUUAAUCUCAUUCUCUCGAGUGUCGUAUAUCUUUUCCCAAUUCAUGUUUGAAUAACAAGUGUUCUCAUGUGUGUACAUA